UAAUUUUGGAUAGUGAAUAAAACUAGUUUUGGAAGACAAGAUGACUACAGCUGCAGAAAGAAAGUAUAUUAAUAUUAGAAAAAGAUUGGAUCAGUUGGGAUACCGCCAGACUCUGACUGUGGAGUGUUUACCUUUGGUAGAAAAACUUUUCAGUGACCUAGUUCACACAACAGAAAGUCUUCGGAAAUCAAAAUUAUCUGCUGUGAAAGCUGAAAAAGAAAGUGCCAAUUUUGAUUUUGUUUUGGAACCUUAUAAACUUGAAAAUGCAAGAUUAACAAAGGAAAAUAAUGAAUUAUACCUAGAAUUAAUGAAACUGAGAGAACAAUCAAGCCAAAACAUUAAAGAGUUGAAAACUACACUGAAGAAGUAUGCACAUGAAACAGCUGACCUGAAAUUUCUAAAUAACCAGUAUGUUCAUAAACUCAAACUUUUGGAAAAAGAGAGCAAAGCUAAGAAUGAAAGAAUCCAACAACUUCAAGAAAAGAAUUUGCAUGCUGUAGUACAAACUCCAGGUGGCAAGAAGAGAAGUAUCGCUUUCAGGCGCCAGCGUAUGCAGAUAGACGAGCAAGUCCCUCCCUCCGAAGUCAGUUCGUAUCCAGUUCCUCAGCCAGAUGACCCUUACAUCGCAGACCUCCUGCAAGUGGCUGAUAACAGAAUUCAAGAACUUCAAGAGGAAGUCCACCAGUUAAAAGAAAAGUUAGCAGUGAUGGAAAGUGAACUGAGAGAUUAUAACCAGCAGAUUGAGCUAAGAGAACGAGAGAUAGAACGACUGUCGGUUGCCUUGGACAGUGGCCGCUCCCCUGAUGUCCUCUCUCUGGAGACUAGAAACAAAACAAAUGAAAAACUUAUUGCUCAAUUAAAUAUUCAGGUUGACUUUCUUCAGCAAGCUAAUAAAGACCUGGAGAAGCAUAUACAGGAGCUUAUGGAAACCAAGGAAACAGUAACAACUGAAGUUGUUAAUUUAAGUAACAAAAAUGAAAAACUCUGCCAAGAAUUAACUGAAAUAGACCAGUUAGCACAGCAGUUGGAAAGACAUAAAGAAGAAGUGCUUGAGACUGCAGAUAAAGAACUUGGGGAAGCAAAGAAAGAGAUUAAAAGAAAGCUUUCUGAAAUGCGGGAUCUUGAAGAAACAAUGGCAAAACUUCAACUGGAAUUAAACUUAUGCCAUAAAGAAAAGGAGAGACUGAGUGAUGAACUCCUUAUAAAAUCAGACCUGGAAACCGUUGUUCAUCAGCUUGAACAAGAAAAGCAAAGACUUAACAAAAAAAUGGAAAGUUUUGCAGUUACAGAAAGAGAACUUACUCUGGAAGUUGAAAGGAUGAGGCUGGAACAUGGAAUAAAACGUCGAGACAAGUCACCCUCUCGUUUAGAUACGUUUCUGAAAGGUAUAGAAGAAGAACGAGAUUUUUAUAAGAAAGAGCUGGAAAGACUCCAACAUAUAAUACAGCGAAGAUCUUAUUCUACAAAUUCUACACGUGAAAAAAUUCCAAUAUUUAAAGCACUAGAAAAGAGCAAAAUGGCUUUGUCCACAUGGCAGAAAACAUGGCUUCAGACUGUUCCCAGCCUUGGACCAGUUAGGAAGGGUGAUUACAACUCCGAAAUUCAUCUGAUCAUAAGAGAAAGAGAUGAACUUCAGCAUAUGCUGGAAAGAUUUGAAAGACGUAUGGAGGAUAUACAGUCCAAUGUUAAAUUAUUGACAGCAGAAAGAGAUAAACUAAGUGUCUUAUAUAAUGAAGCUCAGGAACAGUUACAUGCACUAAGACAAGAAUCAACCCAAACCACAGUCUCCCAUAAUUUUAUUAGUCUUAUGGAAAAGGAAAAAGAACUUGCAUUAUCUGACUUAAGAAGGAUUGUGGCAGAAAAAGAAGCUUUAAAAGAAAAAUUUAAAAAUCUCCAGGAAAUGAGUAUUUUUGAAAAAUCAAAAUUAGAGAAAACUAUUGAACAUUUGACCCGUGUUAACCAUCAGCAUGAAGAUGAAAAACGUGAAUUAAAGUCUAAAAUGUUAAUAUUGAAAGAAACAGUAGAGUCAUUAGAGAACAAAGCAAAACUCCAAGCUCAAAAACUUACCCAUGUGGCUGGUGACUCAACUCAUCACAAAACAGAGAUGAACUCACUUAGGCUAGUAAAUGAGCAGCUACAGCGGUCACUUGAUGAUUGUCAGCAUCAGCUUUCCAAAAAAAGAGAUGAACUUGAAUCAGCCCAAUCACAGAUUAACUUACUGGAAGAAGAAAUAGGUAAACUACACCUUCAGAUGACUUCACAGAGUGAAGAGGCUCAUGUAAUGAAAAAGACCAUUGGUGCUAUUGAUAAAGAAAAAGACUUUCUUCAGGAGACUGUAGAUGAGAAGACAGAAAAGAUUGCAAACUUGCAAGAAAACCUGGCUAAUAAAGAAAAAGCUAUUGCUCAGAUGAAGAUAACAGUGUCAGAGUAUGAAUCUUCUAUGAACCAGCUAAAGGAAAUGUUGAGUAAUCGGGACCGAGAAAUAAGCAGCCUCCGGCGGCAGCUUGAUGCAGUUCACAAAGAACUCGAUGAGAUAGGAAGAUCUAAAGAAGUGUGUUUUAAGGAAAACAGAAGAUUACAAGAUGAUCUGGCUACAAUGGCAAGGGAAAACCAGGAAAUCUCAUUGGAAUUGGAAGCAGCAGUGCAAGAAAAAGAGGAAAUGAAGAGUAGAGUUCAUAAUUACAUAACGGAGGUGUCACGAUGGGAGAGCCUAAUGGCUGCUAAGGAAAAAGAAAACCAUGAUUUGUUAGAUAGAUUUCAGAUGCUUCAUAACCGUGCUGAAGACUGGGAGGUCAAAGCCCAUCAAGCUGAGGGAGAAAGCAGCUCAGUUCGACUGGAACUUCUUUCUAUUGACACAGAGAGGAGGCACCUUCGAGAAAGGGUGGAGCUACUAGAGAAAGAAAUUCAGGAGCACAUAAAUGCACAUCAUGCUUAUGAGUCUCAGAUCUCAUCAAUGGCAAAAGCCAUGUCUAGAUUAGAAGAAGAGCUGAGACACCAAGAAGAUGCAAAAGUAGCAGCGUUGAAUGAUAUGUCCUCUCUUAGAGAACUUUGCAUUAAGCUGGAUUCAGGCAAAGAUAUUAUGACCCAACAGCUGAAUUCCAAAAACCUGGAGUUUGAGAAGGUUGUGGUGGAAUUAGAAAAUGUAAAAUCAGAAGCAGACCUGUUAAAAAAACAAUUGUCAAGUGAGAGACAUACAAUUAAAAGCCUUGAAUCAUUGUUGGCUACAAAUAGAGAUAAAGAAUUUCAUUCUCAUUUAACCUCUCACGAGAAGGAUACAGAAAUUCAGCUACUUAAAGAGAAGUUAACCCUUUCAGAAAGCAAAUUAACUAGUCUAAGCCGGGAAAACACCAUGCUUCGGGCUAAAGUGGCACAGUUACAAACCGAUCAUGAUGCUAUGAAAAGGCAGAUUUCAACUGAAAGAUAUGAACGAGAAAGAGCAAUCCAAGAGAUGCGUCGGCAUGGUCUUCCCACACCACCCCUUAGUUCAACUCUAAGGUCUCCUUUACAUUCUCCUGAACAUAUAAGCUGUUAAUUAUCUUAAAGAAUGAUGGCCUGAGUUACCUGUGUGGAUUUUUUAAGGGACAGAACAGUAAUGAAAUAUUUGAAGUACUUGUUUCUGAAAAUCAUGAACAUUGACACAAAUUCUACCUCUGUCAACUUUUAUUUAAAUCAGUGAAUAUUUAUGUAAACAAAAUUUGGUUUAAAAGAGCCAUA